AUGCUCCUCUCUUUUCGAACGGAAAGACAAAUGCCUGCCACGCAUCGUGACGCCGUGCGCUUCGCGCGGCACCUCGUGGCUCACAGGGCACAGCCACUCGUGGCCUCACUCACCCGAUCUCCGCGCCGUCACGCUGCACCAGGCACCAUGGAUCAGACUGAGAAGGCCUUCCAGAAGCAGGACGCGGUCUUCCUGGGCUCCAAGCGGCUCUUGACCAAGAAGUCCAAGAAGGCCGCCAGGUACUGGCGCAACAUUGGCUUGGGCAUCCCCACCCCCAAGGAGGCCAAGGAAGGCAAUUUCGUGGACAAGAAGUGCCCUUUCACUGGGAAUGUCAGCAUCCGUGGUUCCAUCCUGAAGGGCAUGUGCAUCUCUACCAAGAUGAAGCGAACCAUCAUCAUCCGCCGAAACUACUUGCACUACAUCAAGAAGUUCAACCGUUUCGAGAAGCGCCACAGCAACGUGGCCGUGCACUGCUCCCCGGCCUUUGAGCCCAAGGAGGGCGACAUCAUCACCGCAGGGCAGUGCCGACCCUUGGCGAAAACGGUGCGCUUCAAUGUCCUCAAGGUGGACAAGAAUCAGAUCUUCGGAUCUGCCCGAAAGCAGCACUUAGGCACCAUGGAUCAGACUGAGAAGGCUUUCCAGAAGCAGGACGCGGUCUUCCUGGGCUCCAAGCGGCUCUUGACCAAGAAAUCCAAGAAGGCCGCCAGGUACUGGCGCAACAUCGGCUUGGGCAUUCCCACCCCCAAGGAGGCCAAGGAAGGCAAUUUCGUGGACAAGAAGUGCCCUUUCACUGGGAAUGUCAGCAUCCGUGGUUCCAUCCUGAAGGGCAUGUGCAUCUCUACCAAGAUGAAGCGAACCAUCAUCAUCCGCCGAAACUACUUGCACUACAUCAAGAAGUUCAACCGUUUCGAGAAGCGCCACAGCAACGUGGCCGUGCACUGCUCCCCGGCCUUUGAGCCCAAGGAGGGCGACAUCAUCACCGCAGGGCAGUGCCGACCCUUGGCGAAAACGGUGCGCUUCAAUGUCCUCAAGGUGGACAAGAAUCAGAUCUUCGGAUCUGCCCGAAAGCAGUUUGCCUUGUUCUGA